AUGUCUACACCCUCGAUAGCAACCACCUUCUUGUCUGCUCAACAUAGCCAGUAUGGUUAUGCUCAUCAAAGCCUGUAUUCGCCGAGCACCCACCCGUACCCCACUACCAACACACUACCUGCACCACAGCGGGUGAACACCUCGUUUCAUUCGUAUCCCGGCAGCCUCCAGUACCAGCGACCUCAGCCAUCCCCAGGAACCCCCUACGGAGUACCGUCACACGGUUCUACUAUGCCUCCGUCCCACUCGACCUCCACCGUUUCCGAUGCUCAUCACAAAAAACAGCCGGACUGGAAUGAAUUCUACAAGAACGGAGUCCCGAAAGAAAUCAUUGUCAUCGAUGACGACAGUCCUGGCCCUCACGCCCCGGGACACCCUCCGAAUCGGCAGCAAAUGGAGGAUGCCGAGGGUUACAUUUUGACUGCAGGUCGAAAAAGAAAAGUUGAUAAUGGAGGCUACGAGGUCGAAUAUGCAGACAGCCCGACAUAUUCGACGCACCCAGCCAAGUUUGAUGCGACGUCGUCGUCCGCCUCUUAUCAUUCUGGUAACCGAACCACUUCUCUCCAGACCGUGACUGCGCCGACUUCACUCGAAUCGUAUGGCAGUAACACUGCCAGCAAUAGCUAUGAAGACGUCAGAACAGGAACGAAACGGAAACGUCAAGAGUCAUAUCAAAAAGAGACUCGGGCACAGGCAGCAAAGAGAAAACAACUAGAAGCUGUGCCAGACGCGUUUGCAGAUUAUGUUCCUCCUUCAAAACCUAUACAAAAAGCCCCGGAUGUUCACGUCACAAUAAUACGUGACACAGAAAGACAUAAACAUUUGAAAGUGGACGACGAAGAUGGACAUUACAUCGUGACGCCUGGGACGAAACUUGCUGGCAGAUAUGAGAUUAUCAAGAUGCUUGGGCAAGGCACUUUUGGCAAAGUGGUCGAGGCUUUCGACUCGCGAAAGAAGACAAGAUGCGCAGUCAAAAUCAUUCGAUCUGUGCAGAAGUACCGCGACGCGUCUCGGAUCGAGUUGCGUGUUCUCAAAACGCUCGCUUUGAACGACGCAGCCAACCGCAACAAGUGCAUUCAUUUACGAGAUACGUUCGACUUUCGGAACCAUAUCUGUAUAGUGACGGACCUCUUGGGACAGAGUGUGUUCGAUUUUCUCAAAGGAAACGGCUUUGUACCAUUCCCUAGUUCGCAGAUUCAGAGCUUCGCCCGUCAAUUAUUUCACAGCGUCGCAUUCCUACACGAUCUGAACCUCGUCCACACAGAUCUCAAACCAGAAAACAUCUUGCUUGUUAACAAUGCCUACCAAACUUUUACCUACAACCGCUCGAUACCUUCAUCGUCUCACACGACGUCAAGAACCGCUAAACAGCGCAGAGUCCUUUUGGACAGUGACAUACGGCUAAUAGACUUUGGCUCAGCCACCUUUGACGACGAAUAUCAUUCCUCCGUGGUGUCGACCAGGCAUUACAGAGCACCUGAGAUUAUUCUACAACUAGGAUGGAGUUUCCCAUGCGACAUUUGGAGCAUAGGGUGUAUCAUUGUCGAAUUCUUCACGGGUGACGCAUUAUUCCAAACGCACGAUAAUCUCGAGCAUUUGGCCAUGAUGGAAGCCGUGUGCAAUGGCAAGAUCGACCCCAAACUGGUCAAGCAAGUAUGCUCGGGAGGUCGUGGAGCCAACGCAAACUCCGCCGCCAAGUUUUUCAACAGAGGGAGAUUGGAAUACCCGAACAACGAAACGUCAAAAGCAUCGAGGAAAUAUGUCAAGGGAAUGAAGCACCUUCCUGAAUUCAUACCGGCCACCAACUCUUUUAACCGACAGCUUCUUGAUCUGUUACGAAGGAUUUUCGUGUACGACCCGAAAGUUCGGAUCACGGCCAAAGAAGCUCUCAAACAUCCUUGGUUUAAAGAAGUCCUCGUUGAUGACGGCACCGAAGCCGUUCGAAUACGCGAGGAACGUGCUCAGGACAGCGCCGCUCAGCCUGGGGCUGGCCCAGAUGCGAAACGGCCGCGAAUGGAUCAAUAA